UGAAGAUCAAAGGUUCCUAUGACAACCAAGCUGCACCCACAGAACCAGUUUGAACUGGUUGCUCACAGGCAUGUCUAUGCCCACAACAUAUUUAUAAAUUCGAUUUCUGUGGUUGUGUCUGGGGUCCCCAUGGAUUUAUACUACAUUUAAAACAUACAGAGGACCAUGACCCUGUGAGGAGUAGAUGUCUCCCACCUGCUGAAGCUUCUUUUGACCUGUUGCCACCAGCCAGAGUACUGUGUACAGCCUGACAGCACAGCCUUUCCCCCCGUUCCUCUUUUGGCAUCUUGUGGAUUUUGAGCGGCCGCGAGUCUCUGGGAUGCACACUGCGUUGAACAGCAGACAGAGCACGCACACCACCGUGAAACACAGUGAUUUCCCCUGAGCCAACGUAGGGCCUUCUCUGCCUGCUGCUCUUUGCCCAGAGCGAGGAGCCUCCUGGGAGAGCUGGGCAUGAACACCAGCAGCAAAACCAUCAGCACAGCUGGCACCUCCCCCGCUACAGCCAGCCACCGCCACGCAUGGCCCCCAGCCCUCCGGUUGCUGCACCCAGUGUGUAGAUGGAGCCGAACCAGGCAGCCUCUUCUGUACCCAUCCUGAGCUCAGGGUCAGCAUCCGGGCUCUUGAGUUUCGGCAGGACCGGGGACGAGUAGACCAGGGAGUAACCAAAGUUGAAGUUUCCCAGGACGGCUGCGAAGACGGCCAGGAGAGUGAGAGAGGGGCAGAGGAAAGCUGAGUACCUGUUAAAUCCAUCUGCAUUUCCUCUGCGGUCCCCAAUGAUGUUGUGGAAAUGGAAAGUUGUUCUUGUCCCAGCUUGUGGACCCAGGCUCCCAGCUGCAUCUAUCCCAGCUCCACUGCACCAUGGACAGCUUCGGGCUGGGCCACUGGCCCCUGAUCCUGGUCCACAUGCUUCUUCUGCAAAUGCAACCCAUUAAAGUGCAGGGAGUUGAUCCUGUGUCCCAGAAACUGCGACGACUCAACGAACAGUUUCAGCAGUUCCAGGCACUGACCCAGGCCCGUUUGAACAUGUUGGCCCUGAACCAGAAUCGAAACUCCUCAGGGGGGCUGGAGAGCCGUGUUCAGGCCCUGAGUGACCAGUGGCAGCAGAUGUCACAGGACCUUCAUCACCUCAAGCAGAGCACAACGCAGGAGAUAGAGGGUCUCAGAGAGUGGAGCAGGAAGCUCGAGAAGAAGAGUAAACGGAUUGAGGGACGUCUGGCUUUGAUGGAGAGGAACCUGAGGGAGAGCCGCCGCCACGCCCAAAAACAGACACCUGAUCCGGGUCAGGAUUUCUCCAACAUCACCCUGGAGCUCCAGAGCCAAGAUGAAAGGCUGGCUGCCCUUCAGGUCCAGCGUGACGAGCUGCUCAUUGGGCUGAGAGGGUUGCAGGAAUCCCUGAAAAACCAGGCAGUGCGUGUGACCCGGCUGGAGGGCCGGCUCGGUGAGGUCCUGCAGCAGAAUGGAGGUGAGAAAACCAGAGGGAUGUGGAGGGUGGAAGACGCCAACAUCACACCUGAGGGAUACUAUGAACCUCGCAGGAGAAGCCAGACACAUAGAAGGAGGCCUGAAAGGAUUCUGGAUGCCCCAUCCAGGUCAGAAGGUAUCAGCUAUUCCCAUACUGAUAAUCAUUCACAGACCACAGCUCAGAACAGAGACCAUCAACAGCCCUAUCAGUACCAGGCAACACCAAACCAGCCAAAACAUUCAAAGACCCAGAGGCAAAGACCUCAGCCAGAAUCUCAUACUCAGAUACAAGAGUACCUGCCACAGCCUCACCCUUAUCAACCCCAGUCACAGAUCCAGGUCCGAGCCCAGAUAAAGCCUUAUCUGAUCAAGCAGGAGCAGCUCCAGUCUCGCCAAACUGUGCCUUAUCCCAACGUCCAGGACCAGCAACAAUCCCAGCCUCAGUUAUAUCACCUGAGACACGGGCAGUUUCAUAAUCCCAGUCAUUCCUCAUGGCCCCAGCCCCUGUCUCAUUCUACAAUCCACCCAGAACCCACCAAAGACCCACCGAGUGGGACCAGUCUUGGGGGUCCACAGCCCCAGGCUUCAGAUGACGUCUCUCAGCCCCAACCUGAGUCUUAUCAGCCCGGGGUGAGUGGGUGGGAUGAAGGAGUGGUGGGAGAAAGUGACACAAAGGUAAAGUCUUCUGUGAUCCACAACUUCCUCCAGCUUCCUGUGAGGCACAAGAUCCCAGCACAACCAGCUCCCAAAAAGGAUGCAACCAUAUGUAAUGUGGACUCCAUGCUGUUCUUCCCUUCGGCCUCAGCUGAGAACUAUGUCACAUUCUUCCGGUCUCUUCCCAACCUUCCUGAACUUUCUGUGUGUCUUUGGCUCCGUGUGGACACCUCACAUGUCGGCACACUGCUCUCUUAUGCCACAGAUGACAACGACAACCAGUUAGUUCUGUAUGGACACAACUCCUCUGCCUCAUCUGCAUCCUUUUCUGCUUCUUCCCACCCCUCCUACGCAUCCUCCUCCUCCCCAUCGCUGGACUUUGUAGUUGGAGACCCUGUCUAUCGCCGUCUCCCUGCAUCUUCACUCCUGGACGCCCGUUGGCACCACCUCUGCGUCCUCUGGUCCUCCAUCCAGGGUCGUUUCUGGCACUACAGCAACCGGCGCCUCACCUCCUCAGGCUCCAACUUCAGGAAGGGCUGGGAGAUUCCUGGAGGAGGAUCAGUGGUGCUGGGGCAGGAGCAGGACACUGUUGGUGGAGGGUUUGACCCUGCAGAGGGUUUUGCUGGGCAGGUGGCGGGGUUCAGGGUGUGGAGCCGGGUGCUGAGUCCCACAGAGGUGGAAGGGGUGGCAGAAGGAAGAGGUGUGCCCAGAGGGGUGGUGCUUGGCAUGGAGGACAUAAAGGAGGUACAUGGGGAGGUGCAGCAGGUGGCAUGUGAAUGUUUAGAGUACUGCGUGUGAUAAAGUUACAGAGGACUUUCAUUCCAAAACAUAAUUUCUGCAGGUAAUGUUAAUUAUGUCUUGCCUGCCUGCCUCUUAAAAGGCCAAAUUAACACUCUUUUUGUUUAGAUUAGAUUUUUCGCAUAUGUGUUAGGUACACAGGCAACAGUAUAUCCUUACUAGACUAGUUUGGAUUUUUUUGUGGGGUUGUAUGAGGUAGUUGGUGUAGGACCUACAGUAAUUGGCGGCCUACACGGCCCCCAGGAGUACAUGCGCAGAGAGUACAGUGCUUAACUUUUGUGUUGGUACUCCUGCCUGCUUCUCCAAAUUGGAGGCGUGCCCACCACCAUCUUCUGUUGGUCAUACACUGACUAUGGAUAAGUACCUCAUCCAACCUUUUCUUUAAAAAGUCCAAAAUGUCGCUUCAAAAGAUAGAUUUGUCAAAACUGGGACUGGUCAGACGAGUCAGCUAUGCGAUAAUAACCUGAGUUUGAUCCACCAGUGAAUCAUUAAACACUACAAGAUCCUAGAAUAACACAGGUGUGCUUGAAAAUGUGAUAUUAACGUCCAUUUCGCUAAUGCCAAAAUAUUUUUUGUAGGAUGGGUAUUACAGUGUCUCCAAUAAUGGAUUGGUUAUUUAGAAUGAAACUCUUAAAAAGGAGGAUUUAAUGUUUUAUUCUAUAUUUAUCACUCAUCUGUCUAGUCCAUUAAAAACAGUAUUGGCUCAUUUCUGAAAGACAUUCCUUUACAGACAUUCAGUUGUAUAAUAAAACAGCCAAUAGUUAUUAAUAUUAACUGUGACUAAUUGUUUCAAACAUUAAACAGGAUGGAGGUUAAAUUACCUGUUGUGAAAGUCUUUGAACUUUUUUAUUUGAUACCUGCUGUAUGACUCUUAGAUGAUCAAUAGAAACGUCAAAUGCUUAUUUUAGUAUAAUUUAGUAAAGUAAUCUUGUUUUAUCCUUUUUUGGUUGGAUAGGUACAAAAUAAAAUCCAAAUUGUGCAUGAUUUGGACUCUAC